CCUCCAUGCUGUAAUAAUAGCAUAACUAGCAGCAGUACAAGUAACUCGGACUCGCUAAACUAAUGUACCGGUAGCGAGAUCGACUCAGCCACCCAGUAUGGCUUCAGGAUGACAUCCACCAUGCACCCUCCAUUCAAAAACCCCUUCACCACCAAACCCACCGACCCCAACUUCACAUCCACAAGCCAAGAAUACCUUCUUCCCAGGUACAACAGCUACACCACCUCCACCACCCAGCCAUCGGAGAUCGCAUGGCCGGGUACUAAUAUCCCUUGUGUAGCGACCACACUCCAAGCAGGAAGCCCAAGCAAACCCUCCCGAGCGGGCUUCUGGGCCAAGGUCUUCCUGACGUUUGUUUUUGUGGCGUUUUUGGUGAUGUUGGGCGUUGGAGGGUGGAUUCUUACUAGAAACCCUCGAGCAAGCCAAGCGCCUCUUCCUCAAACCCCCAACCCCCCCCCGAGCAGCACACCUCCAGACCGUCGUCGCUACUCCCUUCGAAAGCGCCCCUCCACCACCGCCGUGCUCACCUCCUGGCUCGACGAGGAUUGCACCGACGACUACGAUCCCAAGAUCGAACGCGCACUACUGAGACAAAAGCGGUCAUCUAAACGACCCAAGCAACGCCCCAGUCUGAUAGUCACCAUGCAAGCCGACAAGGAAUUUCUGGCAUCGCUGCCGAUAUACCAAGAUGACAUCGACAUGCCCGAUGCCUCAGACACAGCACCAGACACGACAGACCACAAGCACAGCCCUAAACCAGAAGAGUCAAAACCACAGCCAUGCAAGCCAUGCCAGGACGCAGGUGCCGUUUGCUCUCUGGUGGAGAAUCCAGACGCAUUCCCCUGUGAACAAUGCGUCGUCAACUUCGUGCCUUGCGAUUCCAUUCCACCCGAGACACAUCCACCCUUCCAAAUCAAUACACAGCAUGAUGAGACCAACUCAUCCAAGCAGGACAAUGUCCUCAAGCCCGGCGAUGCUAACCCAGCACCGGACCCCAUCACCACCACUACAGCCAAAGAACCAUCUCCCCUCCCACCUGAAACCAUCCCACAACCCCCCAUCCCCAUUCCCAUCCCCUCAACAACCUCACCACCAACCACCCGCACAAUCCACACCUCCCUCACCCACCCCAUAACCUUCCUCACAAACCCCCUCUCCCUCCCCUGCCACUUCUGCACCAACUUCACCUACGGCCUCCUCGGCACCGGACCCCCCCAAACCAUCGAAGUCCUGGACCUCACCCGGGGCACCUACAUCCCCCUCUCCCCUCCCAAUCCCCCCCCACUAACCCGAAUCUGCCCAACCUGCUCCCUCACCCGCCUCCACAUCCUCCGCUGUCCCACCAAGCACACCCCCAUCCUCCCCAUCAAGAACUUCUCCCCCACGACCUUCGACUUCGCCGCCGCCUACACAACCCUAACCACCACUCCACCCCGAAUGACCAAUCCCUGGUGUUCGCUCUGCCCCAAUCCGGCAAUCUUCGGCUGCGGGGCGCCCCAAACGGAAACAAUCUAUUUGGAGAAAGUGGUGGAUCGGAAGUCCGUGGAGGCGAAGGGGUGUGGGCUGUUGUUGUGUGAGCGGUGUGAGGUGUUGAUGCGGGUGUUGGGGGGGAGGGUGGAGGAGGUGGUUAAAAGGAAUGAACGGGAUGAUGGGGUCGAUGGGGGGAGGGAGGGCCGACGUGGAGCUUUUGGUGGUGGGGUGGGGGAAUGCCUUGUGGAGGAGGAGGUUUGUGGGGGGGUAAGUAUAGGAGGGGAUUUUGUUGGAAUUUGGAUAUGA